GUCUAGAGUGCAAGUCACUUCUUUAUUAGCUAGAAAGAGACGGAAGCUAGUAUGCAAAAUAUAGGUUGCCCCAGGCUACAGUGACGUUGGAGGCGGAAACAGGUAGACUUUGGGGAACAGAAAGUUGUCGGAGUUACUUUGAGGGUGACAAGUUUGCUGUGUGCGCUGUAAACAUGGGGAGCGGAUCCAGCCAGCUGGCCAAAGCGCUGCUCAAUGAGUACCAGGAACUGACAUACCUGACUAAGCAAGAAAUCUUACUUGCUUAUAAAAGAUUUUGUGAACUUCUGCAGAAAGAGAACAGAAGCAACAUUGAGUCUGUGAGGAUCCCAAAAGAAACAUUUCUAACUCUGCCGGAAUUAAAGGCAAAUCCUUUCAAGCAUCGCAUCUGCCAUGUUUUCUCAACUUCAGAAGAUGGGAGCAUGUCCUUCGAGGAUUUCCUUGAUAUGCUAAGUGCUUUCAGUGAAUCCGCUACUCUUGAAAUCAAAUCACAUUAUGCCUUUCGGAUCUUUGAUUUUGAUGGCGACGGUGCCUUGAAUGAAGCGGAUUUGGAGCAGUUGGUGAACCAUUUAACAGGAGAAGAGGAUGGCACCAAACUUAGCAGCAGUGAAAUGAGGCAGCUUAUUGCAAAUAUUUUGGAGGAGUCUGAUAUCGAUAAGGAUGGCACCAUCAAUCACUCAGAAUUUCAGCAUGUUAUUUCCAGAUCUCCUGACUUUGUCAGUUCCUUUAAGAUUGUGCUGUGAUGGAUCCAUUUUGACGGUUUACAGGAAGAUAAUCUCAGUAAAUCGUUAGUCUAGCCAGUAGGCUGACAUUCCUCAUCUGUGAAUGAAUAUUCUAUGGAAUGAUGCAAACAAUCGAAGCACAGGAUGUAACUAUGACAAAUCUUGCAAUAACUACUAAGAAAAUACCUUCAAAAUUAAUCUCAAGUGAAUCUCUGUUAUACUGUGUGUUUCAUUAUUAGCUUCUGUUUUAGAAGUUUAUGCUUUAUUUUUUGUUCAACGAAUGCUUGAUUCUAGAAACAAAGCUGGAUUUAGUUGAAUUUGUAUUCUCUUUCCCAAAAUUUCAGGCAACUAUAAGGCUGAAUGUUAUGAAUGUGUUUUUAUAUAUAUAUAUAUAUAUAUAUAUAUAUAUAUAUAUAUAUAUAUAUAUAUAUAUAUAUAUAUAUAUAAUCGCAAUUUAAUUUUUUUUCAUGAAAACAUUUGCCUUAAACUAAGUGCACUUUAUGGUCUACGUACUGGAUUUUCUAUGAGGUAUUUAAAAGUGAAAUAACCUGCCUGAUUAUAUUAUACAAGAAAUAUAUAUGCAGAAUAUAUUCUACAUGUGCCUCAAAUAAAAUGUUUACUGCUAAUGAACUGGAACAAUAACUUUUUUUGUUUUUAAUCAGCCUUGAUAUUUAUAGCUUUAGAAAAGGGGGGGGGGGGGUGAGAGAUUAUAUGAAUGUUUAACAAUUUAAUGUUAACUUGAGAUGAUUAUUUUUUACUGUGACAUUUGUGAUUAAUAUAUGCCACAUGAGAUCAGGAAAAUUCACACCUUUUUUAGUUUUUUUUUUUUUUUUUAUUAUUAGUUAUGGUUAGAAAACUGCUGCACAACUUUAAAAUGAAUGAAUAAAUCCUUGCCUGAAAAAAAACUAUUUUAAAAUAAACCUCCAAUAAUAGCUUGAUUGUGUUAGCAGUAUAUUUUACAUGAUGUAGCACAGAACCUUUAAAAGUAUAUUGUGACUAUUGCUAAUGUAUGGCGACUUUGAAUACAUCAACAAUGUCAACUCUGAAUCUGUUAUACAUACUUUAUGCAAGUAAUAAAUCUGACUGGAAAAUCUAUAAACUGGCCAAGUACAGUUGUAAAUGAGAAAAUAUGCAACUAUUUGUUUACAUUUUAACUUGAAACAAGAAGUCAAAUGUAUGUGGUCCUGUUUAAAUUCUAUCCAAUAUUUAAUUUGCACUGCUUACUUUGCAAAAUGUGCAUUCUACUAGAUAAACAAUUUUACUAAUGCUGAUGGUUUCUUUACAGAAUGUAUAAAUAAAGUUUAAUUUUAAUACAAAAA